UUCUCCAUUCCUUCUCUCUUCUCUCUCUCUCUCUCUCUCUCUCUAUAUAUAUAUAUAUAUAUAUUCAAUCCCUGAGCAUUCUCCCAAUUCCCCUCCACUACUCCAACCUUCUUCCACAAAGUCUCAACUAUGAAAGAGUCCUUCGUUGUCCAGGACGCCUAUGUCUUCAAAGAAGAAACCCAUCUCACCGUUCUCAAGACCUCUCUCUUCUUCGCCGGCGACGGAUUCACUGUCUACGAUUGCCAUGGACAGCUCGUCUUCCGGGUCGACACUUACGGACCCGACGCCCGCGAUAAGGACGAGCUUGUCCUCAUGGAUCCUCACGGCCUCUGCCUCCUCACCGUUCGCCGAAAGAGGCCAAGCCUGCAUCAACGGUGGGAAGGGUUCAAGGGGGAGAGGAUGGACGGCGACAAGCCGAUCUUCAGCGUGAAGAGGUCGUCGAUCAUCGGGCGGUCGAGAGCGGGCUUGACGGUGGAGGUGUACGAGGACGACGGCCGCGGAGAGGAGCAGCAGUACUACCAGAUCGAAGGGUGCUUCUCGCAGCGGAACUGCACGGUGUACAAUGUGACGAAGGAAUCCAUGGCGGAGAUCCGACGAAAGGUGGACCAGACGACGAGCGUGAUGCUGGGGAAGGAAGUGUUCACGCUUUGCGUGAAGCCGGGGUUUGAUGGUGCCUUCGCCAUGGGAUUGAUUUUGGUGCUGGAUCAGAUCAACGGCGACGAUUACGUCGAUAGCGGAACAGAAACUACGGUGCACCCUACCGCGGAGGACUAAAACCGUAAGAUAUCUCUUUACGAUUACUAUUAUGAUCCCCCACUGAUGUAGGGUCCCUUGGGAAGGCAACUUUCAAGCUCAUCUGCCCUUAAAAUAAUGCUUCGUACUUUGUAAUGCAAGUCAUUUCAUCUUGCUAUCGUGUAAAUUUUCUAUUAAUAUUUCAUGAAGAUGAAGGUUAGCUUUUGAUUAGUUUAAAUGAACACUUCUCAUAAAUGGCCAAGUGAUUUGCACGA